AUGGCCACCCGGUCCCACGGGCAGAAGGAGCAGAAGCUCCAGCAGGGUGAGGUACCCGCAGAGCCGAACGACGAGGCCGCCUGUGCCCCUGGCGAGGCCUGUGGGACCGGCAAUCACGAUCCUGUCGCCUCGGUCCCCACAGCCUGGAGUGAUGUGUCUCCCUCGGGCAGCGUCUCCCUGCGGAGCAGCCCAGCAGGUUCCUCCACCGCCUCCGUCUCCGCCGCCAUUUCCAUGGCCGAUGAGGACCCGGGGCUGCCGUCCAUGGCCUGUGUGCCGGCGAAGAGGCGCUCCGACCCCCAAGGCCGCCGUAGUCCCCACGCAGAGCUUAGACAGGUGGUGCCCAAGACGGACGGCCAGGCCGCCCUCGGGCAAGCCCCGGAGGGGACUGGCCAGGCCAGCGGGCACCCGAGCCCCGGGAACGGCCGUCGUAGGGAGCGGCCCUGCCGCCAGCAGGCUGCCCAGGCUCAGAAGCCUCCAGGGCGCCAUCUGCCUCAGCCGUCUGGGCUUUCGCCGCCAUCUUCUCCAAGGUCUCGGCGCCGCAGCCGCCGCCGCCGCCGCCUCCUCCCUCCCACUGCUCCGCAGAGUCCCGCAUCCCGCUCAGGGCCUGCCCUCCGCAGUCAACCAGACGGGGCAGGCGCUGCCCUCCGCGACCGUGCAUCUGAUCCAGGUGCUGCUCGCCGCAGCUGCACUACUAGCCCGGCAGGGCCUGCCCUCCGCAGACGUGCAUCAGGACCAGGCCCUGCCAUCCAAGUCCGCGCCACCCGGUCAGACCCUGCUGUCCGACGCCGCCCAUCUGCGAAAGGUCCAGCUCCUCGCAGCGGUGCAUCCCAGUCUGGUCUUGCUCUCCCCAGCCGCGACAGCCCGCCAGGCCCUGCUUCCCACGGCGGUGAAUCCGGGUCAGGAUCUGCUGUCCGACGCCGAUGUUCAUCUGCGCCAGGCCCUGCUCUCCGUGACCGCUCGGCAAGUUCAGGCCUUACUCUUAGCAGCACCAGCACGGCGCCAGGGCCUGUCCUCCAGAGCCGCUCCACCCAGCGAAGGUCAGCCCUUCUCAGCCGCCACUCUCUGUCUGGGCCGGCUGGCGGGAAUCCUUCUCCCGCUGGGAGAAGACUGGUUUUUCGGAGCAGCCCAAGCCCUCCUGAUCCUCAGGUCCCAAGCCUUGGUUCUCAGCCUACUUGGCAUGCAGUCCGUAUGCGUGCCUCCUCACCCUCACCUCCUGGUAGGUUCUUUCCUUUCCCUGAGCAAUAUGGUGAGACCUCCUCCUCCUCCUGUGCCACCUCCUCCUCCUCUUUCACCUCCUCCCCUAGGUCUCCUAGCCGAAGCCCUUCCUCUUCCCCUACUAAGUUUUUUGGCCUGAGCUCCAUCUCCACUCCUAGCCCUGCCAGCCUUAGGCGCGCCUUGCUGCCGGAGGUUGAUGCCCUGAGCCCUGCCUUUCCAGGAGAGCAGGCCGAAAGGGAGCCCUCACCGCCCUAUGCCGCCUGCAGUGUGACCACCCCCUGUGAGCAUCCUCCAGGACCCGCGAAGAAAAUCAACAUCUCCCGCUGUGCUGAAUGGGCUGCCUGCUCCGCAGUUGCCUGCCCUAGUCCUGGGCCCCACAUUUUAGACGGUCCCGCUCAGGCCCUGCUCAUGCUGUAUUCAUACCACAAAGCUAAGAGCCCACAGGGACAAGGAGAUGUGCCCACCAAGUCCCAAUACCAUGCCACUUUUGUAGAAACAUUCCCUAUUGCUGCUUCCAGGUCCUGCAAGGCCUGA